AUGUUGGGGCACCUGGAAACCAAGAGCUGGGUCUACACACCGAGUAGUGACCGAAACUUCUGCUACAGGUGGACCAUUAGCAACUUCUCUUUUCUCGUUGAAGGAAUGGAGGAAUAUAUUACAAGCCCAACGUUCUCAUCAGAGGCCAAUGACAAAGUGGAAUGGUGUUUGAGAGUAUACCCAAACGGGGUUGAUGAAGAAAGCAAAGGUUACCUGUCUCUUUACCUGAUGUUGGUCAGCUGUGAAAAAAGCCCAGUUUUGGUAAAGUUCCGUGUUUGUAUCUUAACUGCCAUGGGGGACAAAUGCAAUAAUGCAAUGAGCCCAUGUGUCUAUAGUUUACUGCCACACCAAGCCUUUGAAUUCAAAAAGUUCAUCCUUCUAGAUUUCCUCUUGUCUCAAACUGAGUCACUAUUAUUGGAUGACAAACUUACCCUCCUCUGUGAGGUGAGCAUGGUCCAAGGCUCCUUCAGCAUUUCUGGACAGAACACAAGACCACCAAUCAAUAUUCCAAGGUGCACAUUGCCAGAUGACCUAGGGGAACUGUGGAAGAAUUCCCUCUUCACAGACUGCUGCCUGUUGGUAGCUGGCCAAGAAUUCAGGGCUCACAAGGCCAUCCUAGCAGCUCGAUCUCCAGUUUUCAGAGCCAUGUUUGAGCAUGAAAUGGAGAAGAGCUUAAAGAACCACGUUGAGAUUCAUGACCUGGAUCCUCAAGUCUUCAGGGAAAUGAUGGGCUUCAUCUACACGGGGAAGGCUCCACAUCUCCACAGCUAUUCCCUGGCCAGUGGUGUGCUGGCAGCUGCUGACAAGUAUGGCCUGGAGGGCUUGAAGGUCCUGUGUGAGGAUGCCCUCUGCAGGAAUCUGUCUGUGGAGAAUGCUGCACAAACUCUCAUCCUGGCUGACCUCCACAGCACAGAGCAGUUGAAGACUCAGUCCCUUGAUUUUAUUGCAUUUCAUGCUUCUGAGGUCUCUGAGACCUCAGAGUGGAAGUCAAUGGUGGAGUCACAUCCUCACUUGGUGGCUGAAGCAUUCCACUCCCUGGCUUCUGCAAAGAGUGUUUUCUUGGCCCUCUCUCUCAAAUGA